GCGCACUUUCUAAUCAUGGUUCUUCGUACUCGGAAUUCUGAACUCAAAACACACUCCGUCGAUGCGAACGGUCGGCAAUUGCGUGCUGUCCCCAGUCGGCUGUCCUAUCGGGGACCAAGGAUGGCCCGUCCUUUGGCCUUGCAUACGGGUAAACUGGACGAAAUCAUUGGACGUGAAAAGGAGGUUGAAUUUCUUCGAAAACUUAUGGAAGACUGUAUUACACAGAAGAAAAACGCAAGUCUUUACAUCAGUGGAGCUCCGGGAACUGGGAAGACUGCCACGGUGACCCAGGAAGUACAGACUCUGUUGACAGCCGGAAGGUGCCAAGCCAUCUUCAUCAACUGCAUGCAGUUGCAAACACCGAAGGCUGUUUUUGCUUGUAUUCUCUCCCAACUGAACCCAUCUUCCUCGCAUCACUCGUCUUCUUCAUCGGUAGAAAAUGUAGUGGCUGCCGUAGAGGCCUGUCUGACGAAAAAAUCGCGUCGCCUUCCUUUAAUCCUCGUACUAGAUGAAAUCGAUCAACUGGCAACUGCGUACCAGGACAUCCUCUACACGAUCUUUGGUUGGCCAGAUGCCCUCCCGGACAGUCAUCUGAUAUUGAUUGGCAUCGCAAAUGCUCUGGAUCUGACAGAGCGACUUUUGCCGGGUUUGCAGUCUCGAUCGCUUCGCCCCCUGCAUUUAUCCUUUCCACCCUACUCUAAGGACCAAAUCUUCCAGAUUAUUUCCGACCGACUAUUACGACAGAGCAACUCAUCCGGUUCAUCUACUCAAGCCUUGGACAAGCUUGCUAUUCAGUUUUGUGCCAAGAAGGUUGCUGCCUGUUCGGGUGAUGUCCGUACGGCCCUGGCCGUCUGCCACAGAGCCAUUGAACUGGCACGUCUGGAGGCCAGAGCAAAGCUGCGAGCCGCUGGAGAUGACGAGGAUGUUGAAAACACACCCCCUAGGCAGCGGCGUCUUCUGUCUAGCCCGGCGUUAAAGGCAACAGAUGAGGCAUUUGUCGUCCCAACCCUUCGGCACGUCAACCAGGCUUUUCAGGAGGCGCAGGAUAGCAUGCACUCACUGCCUUUUAACUGGCUUCCUGUGUCUAUGUGCCUGUUUAAUAAUGAAGAGUAA